AUGAUACCAGGACCAACACCUCAUUUUACCUAUGCGCAUAUAGCUACGGGGGAGUCGUGCCUCGACAUCGGUUUUCAUCGCUAUGAUUUUUCCUUCGUUUUUGAUAAGUCGAUCGUCAUCGAUGUGCGUGACUUGUUGGAAGAGAAUUCGACUACGACAAACAUUGCCAGAGAAGUUAAAAAUAGAAUGAAAUAUGUACGAAGUCGUUUUCCUUUGGCGUUUAGAAAUGCCAAAAAUUUUUCUCUACUUACGCUGGAGGAUAAAACAGGCACGUACGAACUCGCUGAGGUAGUUAACUUCAGCGUUAUUUUGGCGGCUACCGAGAAACUCACCGCCAGGAUGGUCGAACCCAGUUUGCAUUUGUUGAAUCGUGUCUUCUUCGUACCAGUUGACGCCGUGAAGAAUCUCCUUGUUGGGCUGAAGUCCGAUUCUUCUUCAGGGCUGGUGCUGGACUUUGUUGAGCCCUCGCCGGUCGGGGUGGGCUAUGAAAUCUUAGCCUUUAUUGUCCUUAAAAUGCUGAGCCUCACCAGUAUCGUAGUCGCUGGACUACUCGUUAUUAGGAACCAUGAAGAGCUCAUCGCAUUGGCGCACAAAAUGCGCCCUGAUAAGUCGGCUCAUCCGUUUCUGAGGAUUCUUGUUCCGGGUCUUCUUCUACUUUCCAGCGUAACUGUUAUUCUUUUGGCCUACUUUUUCUAUGACGUCAUGGUUUACUUUUUCAUCGCCGUGUUUGUCAUUGCUGGUGCUUCUGCUAUGUCCUACGUAAUAUCUACGCUCUUCUUCAUGAAAGCACCGGUUCUAAAGCGCAUCGUACUUAGAAUAUAUAAGCUGGAUGUAAAUCUCGUCCGCUGUGUCCUCUUCCUCAUUAGCCUCGCCUUCACUACCACGUGGUGUGUGUUUCGAAACAACUAUUCUGUGGGAUGGAUAAUGCAAGACAUAAUAGGUGUCUUUCUGGUCAUUCAAGUUCUCGUCGACAUUUCCAUCCUCCUCUCCUUCAAGGCGUGCUAUAUCGGCUUCGCUAUCUUCGUGCUAUAUGAUGUCUUCUUCGUCUUCAUAACUCCAUUCCUUGUUCGCCCGUCGGGAAUGACGGAGGUAAAGGCGUCAGGAUCUAAUGCUCACGAAUCGUUAUCGCGUGACCGUCGAAGCAUCGCGGCGCCUGGCGACAGCAUUAUGGAGGCUGUAGCUACGGGCUCUGCGGGUACUUCGGGUGAAUUAAUGCCUCUGGUUUUCAAGGUUUUCGUCGCCGCCAUUACCAGUCAGUGCGGUGUGUGCCAGAGCGGUCGUGACCACGUACUCCUGGGCUUCGGAGAUGCUGUACUUCCCGAUCGAGCGCCCAGAAAUUGGAUUCUUUACUUUGGAGUAGCAUCUAGUAUUGUCACUUUUCCUUCAGGCGCUCUCUGUGUAUUCCUUGCUUUCUAUGACGGCUGUUGGAAGCGGCGAAUUCCAUGGAACUUCAUAUCCUCCCUCCUAGGUAAAUUGUUACUAGUUGUUCUAUUCACUCGGCAUUUUUUAUUCAAUAAUGAGAUCGGUUAUUUGUACUGUAUUUGCGUACGAAUUUCCGGUUCGCUUCGAAUAAACAAGUUUGCCAUGGCUGAAUCCAUUUGGCCAACAUAUGAUCCCGUGCUCAAUCUUAAGCGUCUAACUCACUCUCAGCACGAAACAAUUGUCUCCUCUGUAGGCUACGUUUUGGGGGGAGUGGCCGUCUCAAUAGUUCUCUUCACUACAAAGAUGGCCCAGCCGGCAUUGCUCUAUCUCUGUCCAUUCACUUUGCUGGCCACCAUUGUAAGCGCCUACAUACGGGGCGGUGUCGUGGAACUGCGAAACCUCUGGAGCACCAAUCUGCCUACCCCUGCACCUCCUCUCAGUAGCAUGAACAACGCUUCGGGGGACCAAUCGGGCGCCUCAGACGGUGUGGAUGAAGCGCCGAACUCAACGUCAACAGUAAAAAUUGAUGACGGAUAUCGGACAGUGACGAUUGAUUUAGUGGGACAUGGUGCUAGCCCGAUAGAAGCCAAUUCCCGUCUUAUAUGCUGCGCCGAUCAGAAAUUGCCUAUUUUUUCAAACUCGAAAUCCCUUGAUGUCUGUUUGCAAUGUCCCAGAAAGCAAGAAUUGGAGGCCUUUUGUGCCUUCGACGAACACUUCAAAGAUGUCGAGGAGGUAUUUGAUAAAUAUGUCGUUAAGUACUAUCAAGUAAAGGGGUCCCUAGCCAGCGAUGACCAAAAAGAACAAAAAUCGCCUAUUAUUACUGUAGUGGCUCAUUCCUAUGGGUACGUCGAAAUUUCAAUUGAAAAUCCUGUCAAAUUAUGCCGUUACACGUAUUAG